GAAUAGUGUCGAAUCGAGUGUUGUGAAAAGAGCAAUGAAUGAAUUUUUCAGAACCUUCAGAAAAUCAGCGAAUUGAUCUUAUUGACCAAACACAGGAAUAUAAAGUACUGAGAUCUGCAGUAUCAAGAAACACAUCCAGCAUAGUCAAACUUAGAAAACGGAUUUUUGAUCUACAGAAGGAAGAAAUAAACCUUGAUACUGAAUUAAUAAACAAGAAAAAGAAACUUGAGAAAAUGGAAAUGGAUAAGAAAGAUUGGCUUGAAAUCAGUGAAUUUCAGUUUGAUUUGCAGGAUAUCCUACAGGAAUUUGCAGGCAUGGAGGCACAUACAAAACAAGCAGAUUACAAGAGCAGCGCCAACAUACCAGCUAUGAUGACUGAUGUUACUAAUACUAUGACGGCAGUCAGUAAUCUGAGAUCCAUCAACGAUGAUCUGCAGCAUUGGCUAGAUCAGCAUUAAAUCAUACUUUACCCAUCUUUGAAGCAUCUUCAUGUACAUAAUAUGCAUUUCUGAUCAUCCAUGUUUUCUUUGUAUCAUAUGUAUAUACAUAUACAAUAAACGCAAAUAUACUAAAGCUAGUUCUCCAUU